AUGAAUCGGCAGACUCGCCUCGCUGCGCUGCGGGGGCAUUCUCCAAUCCAGCCAGCACCGGCGCCAUCAAGCACCUCCACCGGCCUACUCGGAGCAGGCCAGCUCUCUCGAUAUCUUGCCUCUGUCUCUGUGCCAGGACGACAGGAUAGGAUAGGGUACGAGACGAGACGAGACGAUACCAUUCCAAUUGAUUCGAGACCUCCCUUCUCCCCUCCCAUCGAUUUCAACGAGCCCCAAAAAGCCUGCCAUCCAGUUCGAUCCUCUUUUGGUCCACUUGGCCCGCUCGAGCGGACAAAAAUAAUCAGUACGCAUCACACACAGUACUUCGCCAGGGAUCGCAAGCUUGAUGGCCUUGCUGCAGCUGCUGUUGGUCUACCCGCCGCCGCCGCCGCUGCUGCUGCUGCUGCUGCUGCUGCUGCUAAUGACGAUAAUUUCCGCAACUCCCUUUUCGUCUACGACAAGCCCAUCCGUCCCUCCCGAAUCUCAACUUCACUCUCUUUUUCUCCUUCCUCUGCCGAUGCGCCGGCUUUUAAUAUGGACUUUGAACUAAUGAGAGUAUGUGUAGUGGGCGGCAACGCAGUAUCGGCAUUUCUUUCCUGGCGACUCCAGGCAACGAACGCUUGCGACGUGACGUUGGUGUGGAAGAGUGGUUUCGACGCGGUGCAUCAAUAUGGCAUUUCAUUCAAGUCAACCUCUUUUGGCAACGAACGAUUCAAGCCUCGCAAUGUUGUGCGCGCGCCGGAAGAAGCUGCAAAUACCAAGAAUGGCGCCUUCGACUACGUCCUACUCUGUGUCAAAGCUCUCCCAGAUGUCUACGAUCUGGCGUCCGUGAUCGAAUCAGUCGUUACUCCCCAACACACUUGCAUCCUCGUCAACACCACACACGCGCUGGGAGUUGAGGCGCAACUCGAAGCAAGGUUUCCCAGCAAUGUGGUCCUGUCACUCGUUUCGGGUGCCGAGAUCAUCCAACUAGGAUCAAGCGAAUUUGAGCACAAGGGAUCAACUGAAGUUUGGGUGGGACCUGCAAACAGGAACCCUUCACUGCCGAAUGGGAUCCAAGCAGACAUGGCAGAUGCUUUGGCCAUGACUCUGAGCAGUGGACAGGUCGAUUGCCAUGUUUCCACCAACAUCCGACAGCAACAGUAUGAGCGGAUGAUUGGACCGAUUGCUUUUCAUCCUCUGAGUGUCAUCUUCGAUACCCCAUCGCAUUCCGCACUCCUCGAGAAAGUAGGCAUCCGGCAACUCGUCUCGGAUCUGUUUGACGAACUCCUCGCGAUUGCCCAAGCCCAGGAAUGCAGUUUCCCAGCAGAUUUCAAGGCGAAGGCUCUGGCAGAUAUGGUCCGCCCCACUGAAGCAAACAGCAUCAUGUACCAGGAUUUCAUGGCCAAGAGACCAAUGGAGGUCGAGACAUACCUCGGGUCACCAAUCAAGCUUGCUCAAGAAGCAGGUGUCCGCGUCCCCAGGAUCGAGACGCUUUACGCCAUUCUGCACCACUUGAAUAUUACAAACCAACAGAGGAAGGAAACUCCAAUGCUUUCGCCUGCGUCUGUCAAUCCUCCCAUCAGGUUAUCUGCUGCGCCUCCUCCUAGGCCUUAUAUGAACGGUACAAUGAACGGAAAUGGUGCCCCCAGAGGCAGAGGGAGAGGACCGUCAAUGAAUGGCCCGCCGCCUGGGAUGAUGCGCAGAGGACCGCCUCCAACGAACGGAGGUCCGCCCAACGGCUACGGACGCCCAAUGCCAGGCAAUGGAUACCCGGCUAGGAACCCAUCUCGGCGUGGAUCUUUGGAAGGGAACGAGCUCGAAGAAUUCAGUCACUUGGUGUUGUACGAUGAUAUUCCCGAGUCCGGGGAGUCUAAUCACGGCGGAGACGCCUCCAAGUUGGCCCUGCGAGAACGAGAGUUGAUCUUGCGCCAACGCGAGCUGGCAAUACGUGAGCAAGAGUUGCGACUGAGAAACGGCGUUGGUGGACGAGGUCUUCCCCGCAGAGGACCACCAACACCAUCAGUCCGGAAUGGUGGAUUUGAUGAAGACGACGACGAAGACGGAUUUGACCCUGCAGAUGUUCCCGUCACCCCUUUGAUCGACCCUGACAACUUCGAUAUGAUGAGCGUUACAUCUCGACGCACUCGAAAGGCCACCCCGAGCCAGCAUCAGAUUCGCAAAAAUCCCGAGUUGGCAGUGGGCGAUGGAUCACGGAGCAGAGGGGUCGGGUUCAUGCGCCCACAAAUUCCCAGGAACCGGUCCAGUGCUCGAAUACUGAGCCAGGUGCCUGGUCUGCAUGAUAAUUUGAUGGAUGAUCCUCUCAUGGGCUACUCGUCAAACCGAUAUGGAAACGUUGACCGCGCUCAGAUGGGCAUGGGCUCCAGAGCAAACUCCCUGACGGCUGCACGACUGGACGAGUUACAAUAUGGAGGUCCGCAGGGCUCCAACGGCCAAGGUGGUCCCUAUCCUCGAAGAGCAAGUCAGUCCCCUGGAGCUCCUUACAGUCCGCAGAUUGGGCGAGGCGGCAGACCAUCGCCGCCCAACGGCCUCCGGGGCCCGGGCUCUCAAAAGAACGGUAGACCGUCUCCUCCAGGAGGCAUGAGACAGCCAGUGCCGCGUCACCCGCCGGGACAGGGCAAUGCAGUUGCACCGCAACAGGUUGAGCAAUACGCUGGGGUGAGCGCCCUUCAUCCACCUAAAGGCCCUGUACAAGUUCGAAGUCUGACGGGUUCUGCGAGCGCCAGCGCGGGGAGUGGUGAUAGUGCCAACAUCGAUUCUGAGCCAUCUGCGCACAGUAGCCAAAGCAGUCUAGGACCUCGACCACCAAUCGGCGUGAGGUAG